AUGGCAGUAUUCGGGAAAAUUGACGAGUUUAACCUGUAUGGUGAAAACUGGGACGAAUACGAUGAAAGGUUGUCUCACUAUUUUAUCGCGAAUAAGAUAGACGAUGCGGCAAUUAAAAGAUCUAUUCUGUUGUCGGUGGUAGGAUCCAAGACCUACAGUUUAAUUAGAAAUCUUUCCUCACCAGCUAAACCUGGAGAAAAAUCGUUUGAUGAACUCAGAACAUUGAUCAAGGAUCAUUUAAAGCCUAAGCCUCUCAUCAUUGCAGAAAGGUUUAAAUUUCAUCAAAGGAAGCAGGGCGAGGGGGAAGGUGUGAGUCAAUACUUAGCUGAAUUGAGAAGGUUAAGUGAGAACUGUGAAUUUAAAGACUUUCUUGAUGAUGCACUUAGAGAUCGUUUUGUUUGUGGUCUAGCAACACCUUCGAUCCAGAAGAAGCUGCUGUCAGAAGAUAAGUUAACACUUAAGAAAGCUUUAGAAAUUGCAGUGUCGAUGGAAAUGGCUGCAAAAGAAACUGUGAAACUUAAAAACGGUCCUGAGAUUGAGGUUAAACAUAGUGCAAAUAAACUCACAACCAACAAAAAAGAAUGUUUUCGAUGUGGUAAAAGUAACCAUGAGCCAGAUGUUUGUUUUCAUAGGAAAAGUCAGUGUAAUUCCUGUAAACAGUAUGGACACUUAGGUAAAUGUUGCCCUCAAAAACAUGUAAAAUCUGAUCAAAAGUCGGUACAACGUAGUACAUCAAAGCCAGAGCAUUCAGGUAGAUCCAGACAGAAAUUCAAAAAGAAUAAAUCAAGAGUGCAGUAUGUUGAAAAUGCUGAAUCUAGUUCAUCUGAAUCUGAUGAAAAAGAUGAAGAUUGGCCAUUAUUUACAAUGAAAUCACCAAAACAGAAGGAAAUAAUUGUACAUGUCAACAUUGAAGGUUAUUCUCAGAAGAUGGAACUUGAUACUGGUGCUUCAGUUUCAAUAUUGUCAGAGACUGAUUAUAAAGGACAUUUCAGUAACAUAGCUCUUAGACCUAGUUCAGUGAUUUUGAAAACAUAUACGAAUGAAACUGUUCAAAUUUUGGGUGAAAUUGAUGUAAAUGUCUGUUAUGGAAGUCAGGAAGCUAAGUUGCCUUUAGUGGUUGUGAAAGGUUCCGGACCAGCAUUAUUUGGUAGGAAUUGGUUAUCAGCAUUAACUUUAGACUGGGAAAAAAUUAAAUUCACAUCUUUGGAUAAAGGACAGUCUUCAGUGAAUGAAUUAUUGAAAAGGUUUCCAAAUGUUUUUGACAAUAAAACUGGUGUAAUGAAAGGAGUUACUGUGAAAUUGUCUGUGAAGGAUGGUAGCAAGCCUGUAUUUUAUAAGCCAAGGACAGUACCUUAUGCUCUUCGUGACAAGGUAGCACAAGAACUUGAUCGUCUGGUAAAGGAGGGAAUUGUAGAAAAGGUUUCGUAUUCGGAUUGGGCUACGCCAAUAGUUGCUAUUCAGAAACCUAACAAAACUGUAAGAAUUUGUGGAGACUACAAGGUUACCUUGAAUCCAGUUUUGGAUGUUCCAGAAUAUCCUUUACCAACAUCAGAUGAUGUGUUCCAAAAAUUGAAUGGUGGUAAAAAAUUCACUAAAUUGGACUUGUCGCAUGCUUAUCAACAGGUGUUACUUGAUGAGUCAUCAAGAAAAUAUGUAACUAUAAAUACUCACCUAGGGUUAUUUCGUUACUUACGUUUGCCAUUUGGGGUUGCUUCAGCGCCAGCGUUGUUUCAGGAAACCAUGGAUAAAAUUUUGAAUGGAUUGGAACAUGUUGGAUGCAUUUUGGAUGAUAUUAUCAUCACUGGAGUAGAUGAUGAUGAUCACUUGAAAAACUUGGAAGUUGUAUUACAACGAUUGAAUGACAUGAACAUUAAGUUAAAUGCUUCAAAAUGUUACUUCAUGCAAGAUGAAGUUGAAUAUUUCGCUUUCCGAGUAACAAAGGAGGGAAUAAGACCUUCUGAACGGAAAAUUGAUGCCGUCUUACAACUUCCUGAUCCUAAUAACCGAAAAGAACUUCAACAAUGGCUUGGAUUAGUAAAUUAUUACCGCCGAUUCAUUCCAAAUAUGUCAACUAUUGUACAGCCGCUUACAGAAUUAUUGAAUAAUGGUGUUAAGUGGAAUUGGACAGAAUCGUGCAAAGAAGCAUGUGAAACUGUUAAGCAAUUGUUGACGUCAUCCACAGUCCUUGUACAUUAUCAUCCGGAGAAAGCAGUCACAUUAGCUGUAGACGCGUCGCCGUAUGGACUAGCCGCUGUUAUUUCGCAUGAAAUGGAGAACGGCUCAGAUAGACCUAUAGCGUAUGCAUCAAGAACACUAACUGCAUCUGAGAGAAAUUACUCUCAACUUGAAAAAGAAGCAUUAGCCAUAAUAUUCGGUAUUCAGAAAUUUCAUCAGUUCUUGUAUGCGCGUAAAUUCACUUUGUUGACGGACAAUAAACCUUUAAGUCUAAUACUAGGACCUAAGAAAGGCAUACCAGUUCUAGCCGCGUCAAGAUUACAAAGAUGGGCAAUCCAGUUGUCGGCUUAUCAGUAUGAUAUCAGAUAUCGAUCAACAACGAAGAAUGGAAAUGCUGAUACAUUGUCACGUUUUCCGCUACCUGAGAUUACUGAGGAGUCGAACAAUGUGUUGUUUGUGGAAGGCAGCGAAGUAAACAAGGAACAAGUGAAUUCUCUUCCAGUUACACCCGAUAAAAUUGCCAAAGCUUCGCGAAAUGAUCCGGUGUUAUCAAGGUUGAUACAUUUUACAAUAAACGGUUGGCCUGUCAAAUCUGAAUUAAGUGAAGAAUACUUACAAUAUUAUAAGUUUAGAGAUGAAUUUACCACUGAAGAAAGUUGUUUAUUAAGAGGAAUACGAGUUGUAAUUCCACGUACGUUGCAAGAAAGGAUGUUAGAAGAAUUACAUGAAAAUCAUCCUGGAAUUGUUAAGAUGAGAUCUUUAGCAAGAAUGCAUAUGUGGUGGUUGAAUAUAGAAACUGACUUAGAAAGUAAGGUAAAAAGCUGUAUUCCUUGUCAGCAGAAUAGAAGACCGAUGGCUAAAGCACCGCCUAAUCCUUGGAGAUGGCCAAGUAAACCCUGGCAGCGUAUUCAUAUUGACUAUGCUGGGCCAUUCAUGAAUCAAAUGUUUUUAAUUGUUGUUGAUGCCCACUCGAAAUGGAUGGAAGUUCUCAAAAUGGCUUCUACAACUACUGAAAGUACUGUUAAUGCAUUAAGAUAUUUGUUUUCAGCCUACGGGAUAGUGGAGGAGAUAGUAUCUGACAAUGGUCCACAAUUUGUCUCUGAAGAAUUCCAGAAAUUUGUUAAAUUAAAUGGAAUAAAUCAUAUUCGUUCAGCAGCUUAUCAUCCGAGUUCAAACGGGGAGGCUGAAAGAGCUGUCCAAACUUUUAAAACAACUAUGAAAACUAUGAAUAAUGAACCUGGAACUUUGAAUCAAAAGAUGGCGAGAUUUUUGUUAUCAUAUCGUUCCACUCCGCACUCUACGACACAAGUUUCUCCAGCAGAAUUAUUUCUUGGACGACAAAUUCGAACACGUCUAGAUAUCAUGCGUCCAAACUUAAGUAACAAGAUUCAAAAGAAUACUACUCCAAAAGAAUCUAAAGUUCGCAUAUUUCAAGAAGGCGAUAGUGUUUGGAUUCGCGACUACAGAAAAUCGGUUGAAAAGUGGGUUGGUGGAAUCAUAGUUCAUCAACUUGGUCCUGUAACUUACCAAGUUAAAGUGGGUGAUCUAAUUUGGAAACGCCAUGUUGACCAAAUUCGUGAACGCGAAACUGAUAUUCCUGUAAACGAAAGCAAUACCAGUAUACCUAUAACAAUGCACGUACCAUUUGAUUCAACUCAGUCAAACCAGGUACAAGACAAUUUACCAAAUUCUACAGUAGAAUCAGCAACAGAAGCGUGUGUUCAAACCCCAGUUCAAGCAGAAUCACAUGAAAACUCAAAGACAGCAAGUCCAGCAAUGAAACCAUUACCAAAACGUUCAACUAGAGGAAUUCCACCAAAGAAAUUAGAUUUGUGA